AUGAUGUAUCCGACAUCCAUGGGAAUCACAUUGUUCCUUGCAUUGUCUUUACAGCCAGAUGCUUUGAUCUCCGCUAAGAGAUCACUAGGUGAUCUAAGACGUGCCAAACACUUCGACACCACCCCCAAACGGAACAUUCGCGAACAUCUCAAGAAACUGCGAAUUUUUGCCUUCGGAUUACGAGUAUGCUCUCGCAAACGUUACGUGUUCACCUCCACGGCGGUGCUGCAACGAGUUCACAUGCCAACACAUGAGCGAUGUGUUGAACGAUGUAUUGAGAGUAUAACAUUCUGCAAAGCUGCCGUUUUUACACCAUACAAAGAAAAAUUAACUGGUGUUUGUACACUCUAUUCGGAAAACAGCGCUCAACAACCAGCAGCACUUCAUCCUGACGCAUCCGUAGAACCGGUGUCUACAGUUCAUGAAUUGCUACAGUCCUGUCCUCAGUUUUCCUUAUCGGAGAUAACCUAUAAAUUAUCCACGAAUCAUCGCAAAAGGUUGGAAUAUGGCAGUGAAAGAGGUAGAGGUAAGUGA